AUGCAGCCUCCCCAGGAUGCAAACGUGGGCACCAUUGGAAAAGACGAUGUGGCCGUGAUUGGAUACUCCAUGCGCUUCCCGGGAGAUGCCACAUCGCCCCAGAAGUUUUGGGAAAUCCUCGAAGAUGGCCGAUCUGUAAUGACCGAGGUGCCUGCGAACCGUUUCAACAUCAAUGGCUUCUACCAUCCAGACGGUUCACGUAAUGACACGAUCAAUUGCCGCGGGGGUCACUUUGUAACCCAAGAUAUGGCUGCAUUCGAUGCGCCUUUCUUUUCAAUGAAUCCCGCUGAAGUGGAGAGCAUGGAUCCGCAACAGCGAUGCUUGUUAGAAACCUCAUAUCGAGCCUUUGAAAAUGCUGGUCUUCCCAUGCAGCACGUCGCUGGAUCCAACACGUCUGUGUACGUGGCGGCUCUGGGCAUUAACUACGUCAGAAUGUUCGAGUUCGACGAAGAAGUCCAUGCGCCAUAUAAGGCUAAUGGUAAUUCGGGCGCGAUCUUGUCGAACCGUCUGAGCUGGUUCUAUGACCUGCUUGGCCCGAGCAUGACCAUUGAAACGGCAUGCUCCGGCAGUCUGAUCAGUCUUCACCUUGGGUGCAAGAGCCUUCUCGCAAAGGAAUCCAACCUGAGUCUUGUUUGCGGCACAAACUUGUACCUGGAGCCAUUAUCAGACGUCAUUUCGCUGUCAUCCUUGAAAUUUAUCUCUCCAGACAGCCGUUGCUACAGUUUUGAUGCGAAGGGAAACGGAUAUGCGAAGGGCGAUGGCUUCGGUGUUCUGGUAUUGAAACGACUCAGCGACGCGGUGGCAGACGGCGACAUAAUUCGAGCUGUAAUUCGGGGAACUGCUACGAACCAGGACGGCCACACUCCAAAUAUGUCUCAGCCUAGUCUCGCAGCCCAGGAAAGACUGAUAAGGACAGCGUAUAGGGAUGCAGGCCUCGAUUUCAAGCAGACACGCUUGUUCGAGGCACACGGUCCUGGCACUCUCAUGGGCGAUCCCAUUGAAGCCAAUGCAAUUAGGAAUGUCUUCUCGAGCGAGCGAAGUCCGGACGACCCGCUGUACGUUGGGUCCGUCAAGGCUAAUAUUGGACAUUUGGAAGCAACUGCAGGCCUUGCAAGUGUGAUUAAGAUGAUUUUGUGCCUCGAGAGAGGCAUCAUUCCUCCAAUUGCGGGUUUCGAGAACCUCAAUCCUCAGAUUCAAUCGAAAGCGUGGAACCUCGAAUUUCCCAAAAAACCCAUACCCUGGCCCAACGACGGCCUGCGUCGUGCUUCAGUCAAUGCGUUUGGGUAUGGUGGCUCCAAUGCUCAUGCUAUCUUGGAUGAUGCCUAUAAUUAUCUAAAAGAGCGCGGUAUCAAGGGACGCCAUGUGACGGCCACAUCACCACCGAAGCAAUUAUCUCUCUCCAAUGGCACGGCUAACGGCGUCAAUGGCCACUCCAGCAAUGGACAUACACUAGGCUCCAAUGGAGAUGCCCAAAGGGCUGAUCCUUUCCUCUUUGUAUACUCUGCCGCUGACUCUGGUGGAAUUGACAGACUUGCCUCAGUCUAUAAAGAAUACUUGUCAUUGCUGAAGCCUGAAGACGUAUCUUCGGAAUAUCUCCGCAAUCUUGCAUUCACUCUGUCGAAUAAACGCAGUCUCCUCCCAUACAAAUCAUACGUCCUUGCAGCGUCUCUGGGGGAUCUGAUCUCGAAGUUAGAGAAUAUUCCGAAGCCGAUUCGCUCAUCUACUGCCCCAAAUCUGCUGUUCGUGUUCACUGGACAAGGUGCACAGUGGGCAAGAAUGGGUGUUGAGCUUUCUACCUUUGAGAAAUUCAGUGAGAGCCUUAAAGCCGCGGAUGCCUACAUGAAAGGACUUGGAAGCACCUGGUCUCUUCUCGAAGAACUGCACAAGCCAAAAGAUGCCUCCCGAAUCGAUAGUCCGGACCUUUCACAGCCUCUUUGUACCGCACUACAGAUCGCCCUAGUUGAACUGCUGGCAACUUGGGGCAUUACCCUUUCGGGCGUUGUAGGACACUCUUCAGGAGAGGUGGCAGCGGCCUUCAGUGCUGGUGCCAUAUCCCGCGAGUCUGCCUGGACCAUUGCUUACUUCCGAGGCGCUCUUGCCGCACGACUCGCCAAGGAUACUGCUACCUCACCUCAAAAGGGUGGUAUGAUAGCGGUUGGUCUCUCAGAGUCAGAGCUUCGGCCGUACUUUGAAGAAAUUAGCAAAGUUCACGGUGCUGGAUCGCUUUCUGUAGCUUGCUUCAAUAGCAGCACCAACAUUACAGUUUCUGGAUUGGAUAAGGCUGUUGAUGAGCUCAAGAAUCGCCUCGAUGACGACAAUGCUUUUGCUCGCAAGCUCAGGAUUCCAGUGGCCUAUCACUCGUCCCACAUGCAGCCCAUCGCUGAAGAAUACCUGGGCCUCAUAAAAUCUAUUGCACCACCGCAAAAUUCUGAGCAUGCUUCCAAACCUCUUUUUGUUUCGUCCGUGACGGGAAAGCCUAUCGAAGUGGAACAGCUCUCCCAGCCCCAGUACUGGGUUGACAAUCUUGUCUCCCCUGUUCGAUUUGCCCAGGCGAUUAAGCAAUUCGAUGCGUUGAAUGGUAAUGCAUCACGUAAUGAUAAUUACUUCGUGGAAAUUGGCCCUCACCCAGCCAUGCAGCGAGCUGUGAUGGACAGUCUGGACAACCCAAAAUACGGUAUAACGGUGCGGCGAGAUGUGUCAGGCGUUGUCUCUCUUAAGCAGCUUUCCGGCGAGCUUUGGACGGAAGGAUUCCCAGUUAAGAUCGAUGCUGUCAAUUGCCAUGAUAACGCAGAAGCAGAGAUGAUUGCAGACUUACCAGAGUAUCCCUUCAACCAUACCCACAAGUUUUGGCUUGAGAGUCGUAUGUGGAAGAAUUAUAGAAAUCGUGAGAAUAUCAGGCACGAACUUCGCGGUAUCCCUGUGACCGAUUGGAAUCCAUUUGAGCCAAGAUUCAGAUUCACUAUCCGUCUUUCUGACCUUCCAUGGCUCAAUGAUCAUCGGGUGAACGGAACCAUCCUUUAUCCAGGUGCCGGAAUUGCUACCAUUGCGUUCGAGGCUGUUAGAUAUCUGAACAAGCCCGGCCAGCCUGUCAAAGGUUAUCGUCUGCGAAAUGUCUCGGUAUUUGCCGCCAUACCGGUGCCCGAUACUCCGGAGGGUGUCGAAUGCCAGAUUUAUUUCCGCAACCAGGAUAAUAGCCGUACGACAGGCUCCAAGGCAAUCGAGGCCCGAGAUUUCCGUAUUUGCGUGUAUGCGGACGAUGAGUGGAGAGAGGUCGCGGCCGGCUCUGCCACCACCGAGUACGAAGAAGAAACCCCCGAUGAGAUCUACGGUCAGGACGAGGCGAGCGUAUUCAAAGCUGAAUGCCAGGCCCGCUAUCAAGAAGCCCUGAAGCAAUGUACCGCAAAGAGCACCCCAUCCAUGUUCUACGAGUCAACCACUCGAACUGGGUACGGAUUUGGUCCAACCUUCAACACUCUGCACGAUGUAGUCUAUGACCCCCAUGGGGCCAAGGCCAUCGGCACAAUCUGGCCCGAUGAGUGGAAGUCAAAGGUCCCUGCGCGCAAUGCAGAUGUCCAACCUCACCUCAUCCACCCGUCCGCUCUUGAUGGAGUGUUCCAGGUCACUGCACUAGCUACGACCAAAGGCGGUACCUCCGAUGGCCCUCUUCAGGCUCCAACCCAGUUCGGAGACUUUUGGAUCUCACACAGUCUUCUUGAUCGGACACCGGAAACUUCAUACCAAAUCAUUGCCCAUAGAACCCGUGAGGCAGUCCGUGAGACCGAGUCUUCCAUUCUUGCAUUGCGCUCGGAUACCGGGGAACCGGCCGUGAUCCUUGACGGGUAUAGGGCAACCACAGUCUCACACAUGGGGUACGCCCCGUCAGAGAAGCGCAACAUCUUCUACCGCCUCGACUGGAAACCUGACGUUGAUUUACUCAACCGUGAACAGAAGGAGAAAUAUAUCUUGGACCAUGAGCCUAUGCACGUUGAAUGGGAGCCUGCGAAGGAGGUUGUCGUUCUAUAUUACAUGCAGCAGAUGCUGCAAGAGUUGGACGCACCUGGUUUCCAGCAACCCACAGGCCACUGGCAGAAGUUCAUCACUUGGGUUCGCAACAGAUUUGCUGAGCUCGGUGAGAGUAACCCUCUCUUGCAAUCUCCAUGGAAGGAAACCCUGGCAGACAAUGACAAACGCGCCAAAUUCCUAGCCGACUUCGAAGCAUCUGGAGUCGUCAACAAGGCUAUAUACACUUUCAUUAGAGAGCUAGUACCUUUCAUCCGCGGCGAAACCGAUCCUUUAGAUCUUCUAUUCAACCAGAACCUCGCGAAAGAUCUGUAUGCAGAGGUUAUCUUCUCUGUAAGCGCCAAGAGAAUGGGAGACUUCAUCGAUCUUCUCGCCCACAAGAAUUCCAGCAUGAACAUCCUGGAACUUGGUGCUGGAACCGGAAGUGGCACUGCGCCUAUCCUCUCUGCUCUGGGCAAGCAAGGUGGCCGUGAAGGGGCUACUCCCCGAUUCAGCAGCUACACUUUCACUGACAUCUCCCCAAGUUUCUUUGAAAAAGCCAAGGUUCAGUUCUCAGAUUACACCGAUCGCAUGAUUUUCCAGACAUUCGAUAUUGAGAAGGAGCCUGAAGAUCAAGGCUUUGAGGCGGGCAAGUAUGAUCUCAUUGUUGCCGCAACGAUGAUUCACGCGACAGAGUGUAUUGCCGACUCAUUGACUCGUGCACGCAGGCUGCUCAAGCCUGGAGGCCACCUUGUCAUCAUCGAGCCAACUAAUAAGAAGGAUAUCCCACUGAAUGGUAUCUGGGGUACUCUCUCAGCUAUCACUGAUUUCCCGAAGGUUGAAAACCACACUGUCAGUUUGAUCAUUUCGCGCGCGGCUCCACAAGAUGUUGCAACUCCAGUGAACCCUUCAAGCUCUUUGUUGAUUGUUGCGGAGACUGAGUUGCAAAACAAAGUCGCGCAAGAGCUUGUUUCUCUGGCGAAAGUAAAUGAUACUGAACGUACGGUCAAGGUCGUCAAGCCAGAGGAGCUUCAGGAUCAGAAUCCGCAUGUUGAUGCUACUCUAUCCUUGCUAGAAUAUGGAAAGCAGUUCCUAUCGAGAAUGAGCGAAAGCGACUUUGGUCUUCUCAAGAAACUGGUUGAUACAUCUACAAAGAUAUGCUGGGUAACCAGCGGCGCUGGUGAGAAGGCUUCCAUUCCAGAGAGUGCCAUGAGCUCUGGCUUUAGUCGAGCGCUUGCAAUGGAGCAUGAAGGCGUUCACAUGACCAAUCUGGACAUCGACAAUGUUGAAGAUGCUUUUUAUGCGGCGAAGAUUAUCAGCAAUGUUGCUGAAAUCUACUUCGGAACCGCUGACAAUAACAGCCGGGAAGGUGACUAUUCUGUUGUGGAUGGCACAGUUCUGAUCCCGCGAGCUAUCGAGGCAAACGACAUCAACGAUUACUCUCAUUUCCAAAACGCCAAGCUGCCUAUUGAGAAAAGGCGCCUGAUUAGGGAGCCUGUCACAGAGCCUCUUCAAGUCCAGUUCUCCCCGGGUCAGCUAGACAGCUUCCGAUAUGUCCGAGACCCAGAGGUCGACAACCCGCUAGCCGACGACGAGGUGGAAGUUGAAGUGAAAGCAUCACCGAUCAACUUCAAGGAUGUCCUGGUUGCAUUAGGACAGGUCACAGAUAACUACCUUGGUAACGAAUUUGCGGGUGUGAUUCGAAAGGUUGGCGCUGGUGUGAAGGACUUUGCACCUGGCGAUCGUGUCACCGGUUUGGGCGUAGGUACUUUCAGGACAUACGUCCGCCACAAAACCCACACGAUCAUUCACAUCCCCGAUGAUAUGCCUUUUGUUGAGGCCUUGCCCUCAGUUUGGCUCACGGCCUUGUACGGCCUCGUUCAUAUCGGACGUCUCCAAAAGGGCGAGACUGUCCUGAUUCACGCUGCUGCCGGUGCCGUGGGGCAAGCUGCCAUUCAGCUCGCGCAGCAUAUCGGUGCCGAUGUCUUUGUCACCGUGAGUUCCCAAGCGAAAAAAGAUCAUAUUCAAAAGAGAUUCAACAUCCCGAACGAUCGAUUCUUCUCCAGCCGUCGCCUCGCCUUCGGCAAACAGAUCAUGCGCGCCACCAAUGGCGUGGGUGUGGAUGUUAUCUUGAACUCUCUUUCGGGAGAACAACUCGUCGAGUCGUGGAAGUGUAUCGCCUCACUUGGCCGCUUCAUUGAGAUUGGGAAACGCGACAUGGAGACGUUCCAGAAACUCCCAAUGAACAUAUUCCUCAGGAACGUCACGUUUGCGUCUGUCGACCUCCUGCGCGUGUAUAACGAUCACCCGAAACUGCUGCACAAACUCAUGCUAGAGAUGAAAGAUCUCAUAUUUGCGAAGACCUUUACAGCCCCUCAGCCUGUCACCUUAUUUCCACCUGGUGAUAUUGAGUCCGCUUUCCGAUACCUCCAGACUGGUCGCCACAUGGGCAAAGCCGUCGUCGAUUGGGAGAAAGACGAGGAACUGCCUAUCAUUCCUUACUUUGACCCUGGAUAUCAGUUUGACCCGCAGGCCACGUAUGUCAUUGCCGGUGGCUUGGGUGGAAUCGGUCGAAGUCUUGCCUCCUGGUUCCCAACGCGGGGUGCUAAGAAUUUGAUCUUACUAUCGCGCUCAGGUGCCGUUGCUGAAUCUGCGAAGGUGUUGGUCAAUAACCUUGCCGCACGAGGUGUCAACGUUGCUACUCCCCGAUGCGAUAUUUCCAACCCAGAGUCUCUGGAAGCAGCUCUAAAAGAAUGUGCCCACAUGCCUCCGAUCAAGGGUGUUAUUCAAGGUGCAAUGGUUCUCAAGGACCGACCAUUCGACCUCAUGACCAAAGAAGAAUGGCAAGCAGUCCAAGAUCCCAAGGUCACAGGAACCUGGAACCUGCAUCACAAACUACCCCGCGACAUGGACUUCUUUGUCAUCCUCUCCUCUCUGGGUGGCAUGAUAGGAGUCAAGGGCCAAGCACAGUACAAUGCCUGCGGCACAUUCCAAGACGCUUUCGCACGCCACCGCUGGUCCGAAGGACAGAAGUGCAUCUCAAUUGACAUUGGUCUCGUCACAGCCGUGGGCUAUGUCGCCGAACAACAGCCUAUGUCUGGACUAUCCCAGCGCUGGAUCGACGAGGGCUUUGAAGUCCUUCGCGAAGAAGAACUACACAGCGUCGUGGACUGGGCGUGCAACCCCACCAUACCGAUCGGGUCAAGCUGGGAAACUCAGGUCCUUUCUGCGCUGAAUAGUCCUAAUUCGCGUAUCUCGAUUGGCAAGGAUCUUCUGCCGUACAUGAAGCGUCCCAUGUAUUGCCAUCUGCACCAGCGGGAUCAUGGUAGUCAUCAUCAAUCCCAGGAGUCGAACAAGGAGGUUGACUACAGUGCGUUGCUGAAGGAGGCGACCUCCGUGGAGGAUGGAGGACGGAUCAUUGCGUCUGCGCUGGCGAAGAGACUUUCUCAGGCGCUGUCUGUCCCCGAAGAGGAUAUUGAUAAGACCAAGCCUGCGCACAGCUUUGGUGUGGACUCGCUUGUUGCUGUUGAGUUGCGGUUCUGGUUCGCUACUAAGAUGAAGGUGGACCUUUCUCUCUUCGAUAUUAUUGCGAAUAUUAGCAUCGAGGAGCUGGGUCAAGUCGCAGCGGAGAAGAGCCAGUUUUUCGCGCAGAACUGA